GUGGCCUAGCUGUCGGGAUUGUAAUGUUUUGAUCAUUUGUUCGUUUCGUAGUGCAAUGGAGUUUUACGACACGAAAUGUUUGCUUCCGAGUAGUCAUCGCACAAAGUAAUUAAUGCGAUAAAUAGUAAUGAAAGGAAACUCGAUAUAAAAGAUCGAUUUGGAGACGAAGAAGCGAACGAGUAUCUGCGAGGUUAGGAAGCAUACGGCGGGAAAGCAAUAAAGCAUACGUGCCGUGUUUACGGCAAGGCCGCAUGCGUUACGUUCUACAGGUGUUGAUUGAUGAUCGUGAUUUGCAUCAUCAUUACUGUGAUAGGAUCGUUUAUAUGCGCGUUUCUCAAAGCCAAGAUUGACGAGUGGCUUGGAGUAUCAAGCAUGAAGGGGCAAUCGAGGCUGUCUUUGAAAAGGAACAAUAGCAAUAGGCUACAAAAUAAACACAUUGAUCUAAUAGAGAUAUCAGACGAUGAUAGCGUUGAUUUAUCAUCGAAUAUGUGGAAAAGUACAGAGGAAUAUACAAAUGUAAGUGGAACAACUAACAUUCUGAAUAGUGCGACAGAUGCUUCCAAGUAUAAUUUGAAACAUGAUAUAUCAGAUGAUUUUGAUAGUGACGGAGAUAUUAUUGUUGAUAAUGUUCCUGAUAAUAAUACUUCUAAGAGCCAAUCAAUGUUUAAUUGGAAUAAACCAAUUUUUGAUCCACUGAGCAUAUUUCCUGAAUGUAGUACUUCAUAUGAAUGUAGAACUCCGAAAAGAAAGAUGAUAGAGGCACCUAACAAAAAACAAAAGCUAAUGAGAAAUAAUUCAAAAAGUUCAAAUUCAAGCUACAGUGACGAUGAGUUCAUAAAUUUUGAUUUUCCCAAGAAAGACGCUUCACCACCUCAAGUUGGACUACAACAUAAUAUAAUGAUUGCUGGAACCAGAGUCAAACUUCCUGUUAAGCCAUAUCCAUGUCAAAUAGCAGUGAUGAAUAGUCUUAUUCUAGGAUGUACUAAGGAGCAAAAUUGUCUCUUGGAAAGCCCUACUGGCAGCGGUAAGACUCUGGCGCUUCUCUGUGCAGCUUUGGCAUGGCAAGAGCAAUACAGUGAGAAAAUACACCGAGAAAAGAGCGAUGAAAUGGAUCCCGAGAGCUCACACGACAACGACGAUGAUGCUGAAAAUUUCUUCUUAAACUCGUCGCAAUAUUUUGAUGAAAAAUUGCUUGAGCAAAUUUUGUCCAGAAACAAAACAAAGAAAGUGCCAAAAAUAUUUUAUGGAUCGCGAACUCACGGACAACUUGAACAGGUAGUCAAAGAAUUUAAGAAGACCGCGUACAGGCAUAAGAGGAUGACUAUAUUGAGCAGCCGAAAAAAAACAUGCAUUCAGGAAACUGAUAAGAACAAGGACAAAUUGUGUAACGAAUUACUUGAUCCCAGGCUUAAGGUUAAAAGAUGCAAAUAUUAUAAUGACGAUGCAAAGAAGAAACCGACAAUAUUUAGUGAAAUAAACACGCCUUGGGAUAUUGAAGAUUUGGUGUCAUUAGGCAAAGAAGUCGGGAGCUGCCCAUAUUUCGGUGCAAGAGUUUUGAUGGCCGAUGCAGAAAUUAUCUUUUGUCCGUACAAUUAUAUCUUGUAUCCAGAAAUUCGCGAUAGCAUGCAAAUCAAUCUAAGAGGUAACAUCGUGAUUCUUGAUGAGGCUCACAAUAUCGAGAAUAUAUGUCGAGAAGCUGCCACUGUGGAUAUCAGAGAUGACAAGCUCAUGAUUGCCGUUAAAGAAUGCAAACAUUUUGUGGACAUGGAGUAUAAAACUAUCACUUAUGCUACCAUACACGAAUAUCUCACAGAUCUCAUAAAAUUUCUUAAUGAUGUCGAAGUCAAAGAUAAUGAUCGUAACGAAAUGGUCAGCAAGCAUUGGGUUGGUAGCGUAUUCCGAGAAUUGCUCGAUGUAAAUAAGAUCGGAUGUCCUAGAUUUCCCAGUUUUAUUGCUGCCAGUAAGACGGCUAUAGAAGAUUUCAACCAGAAUAUGAAAGAAGAGAAUUCUAAAAAGGUAAAGCUCACUAUUUCGCAAGAAAGUAGGAAACUUCUUGAGUAUCUCUGUUUCGGUAUGCAAAUGAUUGCAUCAGAUAAGGUUGAUGACUAUAGGAUGUGUAUCGUAGAAACGAAUGAAUUUAUUGAAAAGGUAACCGAAAAUGACUCGAUAAUCAAAAAAUGGACCAAAGUACGAACUAUGAUAUUGAAAUGUAUGAAUCCAGCUAUAGUUUUUGCGCCUUUGGCUCAUGAAGUUCGUUCUGUGAUACUCGCUUCAGGUACUUUGACGCCGACUGUGUCGUAUCAAAGCGAACUCGGGACGAAAUUCUCGUAUAUAAUCAAUCCUGAUCAUAUUAUACCGAAGAAUCAAUUAUAUAUAAGAUACAUAACACAGGGACUAAGUGGAAAACCUUUAAAAGCUACAUUUGAUCAGGUGAACACCUGGGCUUUUCAGGACGAACUCGGUAAUUUGGUUCUUCAAGUAUGUGACGCGGUGCCAUAUGGUGUACUAUGUUUCUUUUCAUCCUAUAAGGCAAUGAACACCAUACACAAUAGAUGGAGGAAUAACGGCAUAUGGGACAAACUCUCUAACUUGAAGACAAUUUUUGUGGAACCGAAAUAUGAAAAAGAUCUAAAACCAGUCAUGAGAGAAUAUCGUAGUGUGAUUGAAGAAUCGCCGUCUGAACAGGAUCGAACAGCAUGCGGAGCUAUUUUCUUUGCAGUUUUUAGAGCAAAGGUGGCGGAAGGAAUAGAUUUCAGCGACAAUGAGGCUCGUUGCGUAUUAGCAAUUGGCAUACCGUAUCUUUUACAAAGCAGUGAUAUAACCAUGAAAAUGGAGUAUAAUAACUUGAAUAAAUCCAAUGAAUCUAGACAGUUACUAACUGGUAGCGAGUGGUAUACUGUAAAUGCGUUUAGAGCGCUAAAUCAGGCAAUAGGUCGUUGUGUCAGGCAUAAAAAUGAUUGGGGUGCUGUAUUAUUAGUAGAUAAAAGAUUUGAGCUGCAACAGAACAUCAACUAUCUACCAAAAUGGGUAAAAACAAAUAUAAGAUGUAACCAGAUUUCCAAACUGGAAAUGGAACUUCAAGAUUUUGUAGUCAUGCAACUUGCACGUGAAAAAGAAGAAAAAGAAAAAUUAUUAAAAAAUUAA